AUGUCGUUCUUCAACUCGUUAGGCCGAUCCAUGGGCCGGUCAUCGCGCCCCAAAAAGUCGCCCACCCAUCCCAACAUGCCCACCUUUGAUCCCUCCUCGCUCUCCAAUCCCGGCUAUCCGCGCUCGCCCACGUCGCCCUCGUCGGCAUCCGCGCUCGCACUCGGCGGCAGCACCAAGCCGCUCUACCUGUGCCAGCCGUUCGUGGGCGCAUCGCUCGUCAAGGGCUCGCUCAAGACCAUCUCGUCGGUGCCCAAGUACGUCGAUCCCAAGGAGUGGGUGGCGGUCAACCUGUUCGACUUUUUCAACAACCUCAACCAGUUCUACGGCGUGCUCACCGAGUUCUGCACCGUCGCCAACAACCCCACCAUGUCCGCAGGCGUCGGUCUCGACUACACCUGGAUCGACCAGAACCGCAAGCAGGUCAAACUGCCCGCUCCACAGUACAUCGACUACGUCAUGACCUGGGUCGGAGGCCUGCUGUCGGACGAAGCCACCUUCCCGACCAAGGCGUCGCGCGAUUUUCCGCCCACCUUCCUCACCACGUGCAAGCACAUCUACAAGCAGCUCCUCCGCGUCUUUGCGCACAUCUACCACGCACAGUUCCACCACCUCGUCCACCUCUGCUGCGAGGGCCACUUCAACUCGCUCUUUGCCCACUUUAUCGCCUUUGGCUCCGAAAAUCGCCUCUUCGACUACAGGGACUUCAAGUGGUCCGGCGCAUCGCCUCCACCAUCCAACUCGGCCCAUCCACAACACUCGCCACCAGCCGUAGGCUACCCAGGCGUAUGCGACCUCGUCGAACGCUGGGUAGACAUGGCCAUCCUCGGCCCAGAAUGCAUCGGCCAAAGAUAG